AUUCAAUUCAAUUCAAACAAGCAAACUGAACACAUCGCGAAAGCGAAGCAACCAAACCAAGCAAAGCAACUGAGCUGAACAAGCCAACUGAAAAGAAGUGAAAAGUAUCUUGAAAACUGAUUCAACCAAGUAUCUCAAGAGUAUCUAGAAAGCAAGAAGUUGAAAAAGAAGUUUGAAAUUGCAACACAGGAGGAAUCUCCAUAACCAGUACACCGUUAGUACUUUUACAUUCUCCAAAGAAGCAAGUAAGCCACAGAAACAGCAACAAAAUGCCUGCCAUUGGAAUCGAUCUGGGCACCACGUACUCCUGCGUGGGAGUCUACCAGCACGGCAAGGUGGAGAUCAUCGCCAACGACCAGGGCAACCGGACCACGCCAAGCUACGUCGCCUUUACAGAUUCCGAGCGCCUUAUCGGAGACGCCGCCAAGAACCAGGUGGCGAUGAACCCCCGGAACACAGUCUUCGACGCCAAGCGCCUGAUCGGGCGCAAGUACGACGACCCCAAGAUCGUGGAGGACAUCAAGCACUGGCCCUUCAAGGUGGUCAGCGAUGGGGGAAAGCCAAAGAUCGGGGUGGAGUUCAAGGGUGAGUCAAAGCGGUUUGCCCCCGAAGAGAUCAGCUCCAUGGUGCUGGUCAAGAUGAAGGAGACUGCCGAGGCGUACCUCGGCGAGACCAUCAGCGACGCGGUGAUCACGGUUCCCGCCUACUUCAACGAUUCCCAGCGCCAGGCCACCAAGGACGCCGGCCGCAUCGCCGGGCUUAAUGUGCUCCGCAUCAUCAACGAGCCCACUGCCGCCGCCUUGGCCUACGGACUGGAUAAGAACCUGAAGGGAGAGCGCAACGUGCUUAUCUUCGACUUGGGAGGCGGUACCUUCGAUGUCUCCAUCCUGACUAUCGACGAGGGAUCCCUGUUCGAGGUGCGGGCCACUGCCGGAGACACCCACCUGGGCGGCGAGGACUUUGACAACAGGCUGGUCACCCACCUGGCGGAGGAGUUCAAGAGGAAGUUCAAGAAGGAUCUGCGUUCCAAUCCCCGCGCCUUGAGACGCCUCCGCACGGCAGCCGAGCGGGCCAAGCGCACACUUUCCUCCAGCACAGAGGCCACCAUCGAGAUCGACGCGCUGUUCGAGGGCCACGACUUCUACACCAAGGUGAGCCGUGCCCGCUUUGAGGAGCUUUGUGCGGACCUCUUCCGCAACACCCUGCAGCCCGUGGAGAAGGCCCUGACCGACGCCAAGAUGGACAAGGGCCAGAUUCACGACAUUGUCCUCGUGGGAGGCUCCACCCGCAUUCCCAAGGUGCAGAGCCUGCUUCAGCAGUUCUUCCACGGCAAGAGCCUGAACCUCUCCAUAAACCCUGACGAGGCUGUGGCCUACGGAGCAGCUGUCCAGGCUGCGAUUCUCAGUGGCGACCAGACCGGCAAGAUCCAGGACGUGCUGCUGGUGGACGUGGCACCACUCUCGCUAGGAAUCGAGACCGCCGGCGGCGUCACGACAAAGCUCAUUGAGCGCAACUGCCGCAUCCCGUGCAAGCAGACCAAGACCUUCUCGACCUACGCCGACAACCAGCCUGGAGUCUCUAUCCAGGUGUACGAGGGCGAGCGCGCCAUGACCAAGGACAACAAUGCUCUGGGCACCUUCGACCUAUCCGGCAUUCCGCCUGCUCCCAGAGGAGUGCCCCAGAUCGAGGUCACCUUCGAUAUGGACGCCAACGGCAUUCUGAACGUCACCGCCAAGGAGAUGAGCACGGGCAAGGCCAAGAACAUCACCAUCAAGAACGACAAGGGACGCCUUUCGCAGGCCGAGAUCGACCGCAUGGUGAACGAGGCGGAGAGGUACGCCGACGAGGACGAGAAGCAGCGCCAGCGCAUCUCCUCCCGCAACAGCCUGGAGAGCUAUGUCUUCAACGUGAAGCAGGCUGUGGAGCAGGCCGGCUCCGACAAGCUCAGCGAGGCCGACAAGUCCUCGGUGCUUGAUAAGUGCAACGAGGCCAUUCGCUGGUUGGACACCAACACCACCGCCGAGAAGGAGGAGUUCGACCACAAGCUCGAGGAGCUCACCCGCCACUGCUCUCCCAUCAUGACCAAGAUGCACCAGCCAUCCGCAGGAGCGGCCGGUGCUCCUGGAGCCGGUUGUGGACAGCAGGCUGGAGGAUUUGGGGGAUACUCGGGACCCACAGUCGAGGAGGUCGACUAAGCAGCCAUAUCUUACCAAAAACGAACAUUCUCAUUAAUUUUAAGUUGCCCAGACUGAUGUGAAUUUUGGUUUCCACCAACACACAAAUUCCUAGUAUUGACUAGUAUAUUAUCCUAGUUUAGAUAAUUUUAAGUUAGCAACAAAUUGUUAUACUAUGAACUAGAAAAAUGAAAAAUAAAUUAUUUAUUU